ACAAACAGAGAUGUCAGCAGGCUGAGAGAUGACAUGUACACACAGCAAAUAAAACUGACGAGCGACGUCGAAACAAACUCUAGCAGGAACACGCGAGUACGGGACGCGAACAUCGCGUCGAGGCGACAAAGUAAACGUGGAAGUGUGAACGCGCCAUGCGGGUGAGCAGAAAUGUGUCGACUAGCUUGAUAACAACAACUACGUUAUAGCGCUGCGAUUAAUGCAAACUCCUCGCAGCUUCAAGUUGCUGGUUUAACAGAUGUUUGGAGUUGUUUUGCACUCAUUUAAUCGGAAACUCGACACUCAAGUGUUUGCUUCUUUAAUGAAAAAGUAGGAUUUUCCUUCACUCUGUGACAGAAGAAAUCACUUAAGCCUUGUUUUGCGCGUUGCUCUUCAAGUCCAGCUUGAUGAGUUAAUGCUACUAUGCCUGUCAGAGCUGUUUGCCACUCCCAGCUUUUACUGCUGUCAGGAAGUACUGUAGUGAUCGCCCUCGACUGAGGAAAACUGCAGUGUAGUUCAUGUAUAAUCCGCCGAAGACCACGUGGAGCAUGAGACAGAUGAUGUGGCUUCAGCAGAGGUUAAAGGGUCUGCCAGGUCUGCUCUCGAGCAGCUGGGCCCGACGUGUCCUGGUGGGAUUACUGCUCUUCCUCAUUUUCUACUGGUACUUGAGCUCAGAUGGGCUCCUGAAGUUUUUCAGCAUGUCCAGGGAGUCUGGAGGAGCGGCGGGGGCUUGUCUGCAGACCGAUCUUCACAGGUGGGUGCCGUUGGUGGACCGAGGGGAGGGAGUGGUGCUCAGCCCCCAGACCAAAGAAACAGUCCCAUUUGUGGUCGGUAAUGGACAUUUCCUGGUGGAUGUGGACUCUAAUAAACUCUGGGUAGCUUCAUCUUCACAGCCUGGAUCCGCGCCGGUUCACCAAACAGACUACGGGCCGAUAGUGCGCCUGCAGAUCCAGGGAACACGCUCAGAAGCUCGAGGAUUGAUGCUGUGGUACAGAAAAGGCUCUGUUCUGUCCUCCCGAUGCAUCCUGACAGCGUCUUCUCACGACUGCGUCGUCAUCCGAGAGGAGUUUGUUGCGCAUCGCAGCCGACCCAAUGUCUAUCUUCAGAGAAUUCACAUAUCCAACCCUACAGACCGUCCGGUUUCCAUCGACCUGACCACGGAGUCUCCAUUGUUUAGGAGCACUGCGGAGAAGAUGGAGGAGAAGGAGUUUGUGCUCUCCUCAGGACGGGUGCUCACGGAAAAGAAGGACACCGUGUUGGUGGUGGUGGCCACAAAGAAGCUGAGCACCAAGAUCCAGGUUCCUGCCAAAUCGGAAUACACAGAAAACCUGGUGAGUGUGAUUCACACCUCGGAGCCCACCGAGGGCGGGAAACUGGACGAAACCCUCGGCAAGCUCAGAGAAGGACUCAAGAAAGAGAUGGUGGAUGUCCUCCGAGCCAAUGUGGAAGAAUUGAUGCAAGAGCACCAGCAAGCAUGGGUGGAUCUCUUCAUAUCUGGUGUGGAAAUCAGAAAGAUCACAGACGCCCAUACCCCGUCCAGUCGCACAGUCAACAACACGCUGUACUACAUUCUGUCGACCUCCACAGCGCCCCUCCUGGAUCAGAGUCUCACAGCAGAAGAGCACGAACGCCUGGAGUCCAGUCUGAACUACGCUGACCACUGCUUCAGCGGCCACGCCACCAUGCACGCCGAGAACCUGUGGCCGGAGCGCCUAUCCAAUGUGGCUCAGAUCCUGCAGCUGGUGAACCUCUGGAACCUGACCUUCCAGAAGAGAGGAUGCAAGGUCCUCGUGGCGGCAGGAACUCACGGUAUGAUGCAAGGUAUGGUCCUGAGUUUCGGCGGUCUGCAGUUCACCGAGAACCACCUUCAGUUCCAGGCCGACCCGGAUGUUCUUCACAACAGCUACUCUUUGAGGGGCAUCCAUUACAAUAAAGACCUUAUCAACCUGGCCGUGCUGCAGGACGCCGAGGGCAAGCCCUUCCUGCACGUGUCCGUCAAGCCUCAGGAGAAACCCGUGAAGCUGUACGCCUGCGAGGCCGGCUGCAUGAACGAGCCCGUGGAGCUGACCUCGGAGCUGCGAGGCCACAUGUUUCCGGUGAUGGUGACCCAGCCCAUCACGCCUCUGCUGUACAUCUCCACUGAUCUCACUCAUCUGCAGGACCUGAGACACACGAUGCAUGUCAAGGCCAUCUUGGCUCACGAGGACCACAUGGCCAAGCAGUACCCAGGCCUGCCCUUCCUCUUCUGGUUCAGUGUGGCGUCCCUCAUCACGCUUUUCCACCUCUUCCUCUUCAAACUCAUCUAUAAUGAGUAUUGCGGGCCUGGAGCCAAGCCGCUCUUCAGGAGUAAGUUCGGACUCCUACUGAGGGCAAACAAGGAAACCGAUCCACUGGAUGGAGUAAAUUCAACAGGAUGAUGUUACUGUCUGAAGCCUAAUCCAGUGUGCAGAAACAUUAAAUAAUGCUCUAUCUCUGGAUGUCCUCUCAGGAUUGAUUUUAAUCACUGGACACAUACCAAUGUAUUUAAUACAUGUUUUCCAUUUU